UGGAUGCGUUCUUAUUUCUCAUUUAACCUAUUUAGUUUAGUACAUUACUGGCCGACGCAUCGCAUAGACGCAGCUGUCAAAAUUAAAAAGUUAACCUCACACGCCUGUUAAAUUCCCGCGUGUUCGGUUUAAAAUUCGAACGCUAAAAUUCUAAAUUAUCUGUUAUUGAUUGAAUAAUACCUACGAUAAUUUCAAUUCGUGUUGUAGCUAGAUAAUAAUUGUUUAUGAGUCUACGAUUAGAUUAAAAAUGGUGUCAAUGUUGGUCCAGAAAUAAAUCGACAGGGGAGCGCUUGGUUUUUAUUAGUUUUACUUAAAUUUAGAGAAUAGUUAAGUAUGUCGACUAAUAAUUCGGUGGACAAUAGAAAUGGGAAGUCGAAUGGAGAGAAAUCUGUGUCGGAGUCGAAGGCGAAUGGUGCAAAAAAUGGAAAUCAGUCGAGUGAUGUUGAAAGAAGUUUAGGGAAACUGAACGAGGUGUGCUUCGAGGAUGCGUUUGAACUUACGGGCCACGGCAAGUUCAACCACUUAGUACUGCUGACAUGCGGCCUGAUCAUGCUGAACGUGUCCAUGGAAUCCGUCGGCAUGAGCUACGUCAUCACGGCCGCGGAGUGCGAGCUGGAGCUCACAAGCGAACACAAGGGCCUGGUGAACGCGGCCGCGUUUAUUGGUAUAAUAAGCACAUCAUUUCUAUGGGGUUACCUGGGAGACCGAUUCGGUCGAAGGGCCGUGAUGCUGCCCUCCAUGAUAGCAUCUGCUGUGUUAUCUGUGGCUUCUUCGUUCUCUGUCAAUGUGUGGAUGCUGUUCGUGCUGCGGAUCCUUACUGGAUGUUUAGUAUCAGCUUCCAGCGCAACAGUAUACGCUUAUCUCGGCGAGAUGCACACGGGAACUAGAAGAGCGUCCGCCAUCGCUUGGGGGUCUGCUUUUAUAUCAUUUUCCUUUAUUAUUCUACCAGGUCUGGCCUGGGUAAUAAUCCCUGGCCAAUGGUCGUUCUCUCUCCUGGGCUUCCCCAUCGUCCCCUGGCGAGCGUUUAUUUGGUCUUGGUGUGCUCCAGGGCUCUUAGCUGCUGUCCUUUUGUUCUUAUUACCAGAGAGCCCUAGGUAUUUGCUAGCGGCUAAGGGCCCUGAGUUUGCGUUGCCUGUACUGGCUCAAAUGUUCGCGUUUAAUCAAAACGCGGAGGCGGGAAAUUUUCCGGUAGAGAAAAUCGUAACAAGCAGCAUGGAAUCAAGAUCUGGAGGUUUUGUGGGCGCUAUUAAAAAUAUAUCUCUGAUGUUCCGCCCGCCGUUGCUACGAUGUGUUAUCAUUUCUCAUAUAUCUAUGUUUGCAGUAUUUAUGUUGUCAAGUGGAUUAUACGUGUGGGUACCAGAUAUACUGAACAGUAUGCUCAGUAACACAAGUGAGAAGAGUUUAACAAUUUGUGAAAUUAUUCACAACAAGUUUCAAGCGGCUAGGAAUGCUUCGCUAUCCGUGAGCCACGGGGCGUGUGAGAGUCACGUGUCCAUCGGCGUGUUCACCAUCUCUAUGGGGAUGGGCGCCGUGUUCGCUGUCACGUACCUCGCUAUCGGCCUCUUCAUCACAAAAGUUGGCAGGAAGACGUUUUAUUGCAGCAUAAUGUUCGUGUGCGGUGUGGCAACAGUGUGCGCGGCGCUCGUGCCGCAGGGCGGUGCGGCAACCGCGCUGCUCGUGCUCGCGCUCUGUGCGGGAUGUGCCGCGUCCAUACUCGCCGCUAUCGCCGUCGAUGUGUUCCCCACUGCGCUCAGAGCAAUGGCAAUGUGCGUGAUGUACAUGGUGGGUAGGACUGGCGCGGCCGUGGGUUCUAAUAUAUUGGGAGCCACACUAGACAGGCAUUGUGAAGCGGCUUUCACUGUUUUUGGCGCUUUUACAGCGGGUUCAGUAAUAUUAAUCAUAUUUUGGCCAAAGCCAGAGAAAGUUCGAGAAGAGUUGGAAAAAAAAGGAUUUUCUUAUUAAUAAUAAUUCGUUUUUAAUUUUAAAUGUUGAUAAUUAUUGUUAUAUGUCGUGUUCAUAAGUGAGAGACUGAGUAAAUUAAUUUUACUAAUGUAACAAUGUAUAAUUGAAAUUUAAGGAAUAAAAUAUUUUUUAAUAAAA